CUGAAACUGGCCCCGGGUCUGAAGCUUCUGGUGACAGCAGUACCGCGCUUUGGUGGCCUUGUCUUCUUGGGUUGUCCUGGCCUUCGAUCAGCUAUCCGGUAAAUCAAACACUUGGCGGUCUCAAUUCUGAUUCGACUAUUCGCACUUCCUCGGGACCAAUGUUCACUUUAGCCGUCGAACACUGCCAGAGUCAGAGACCUCAUCCACUUUCCGGCGUACCUGUCUAUCGCGAUGAUAUCACAUUAACUGUUCGACUUCAGGAUACUUGUAUGGCUCACUGGCCGCAAUUGGAACCUGUGUCUGAUUCUGGAGCAUCCUCGGCUGGCUUGCCAAAUUGGCUCACUCGACUUCUGUUGAUGCUGGAAACUCCUCCAAAUACAGUCGUGUCAAUGUUAUGGCCGGGUUACCAACUGACGGACGCUGUUCUCAUUGAACACGUUCACCUUGAACGCUUGCUGUUCACAUGGAGCAGUCCAGACCUGGACCCAGGUUCAUUGAAUCCCAGCUCAUAUGUGAUUCCCUCACUUCGAUCGGUUCGCGCGUUGGUCGGAUGCGAGUCCAUUAGUUUGACAAUAAACACUGCUUCAGAAGCUCCAAUAAAUUUCAGUUCUGAAGGAACCGGUGGCGUCAGUGCUUCCAUUGGACAAUCCACACCCACCCCAUCGCCAGGCAUGUUGAUUAUGUCGUUUGUGAGCAACGCAGCAGUGUUCAUUUAUCCCAUUUUGCGGACGGUCCCUCCUGGUUUAGAACAUCUUCAAUCCAUCGCAAACGCCAACGCAACCACCAAUACACCCGGUGGAUUUCUCAAAUGGGUAACAUCGUUCAAGAUAACCGAUUGCGUUUGUGUCGCGGACUUGGAUCAUAUGGAAUUGCGCUGUUUCUCUGAUCCAAUGAGAAAUCCUCUGGGAGAUCCAAAUAAUCCUUUUUUGACAAGGAUUGAUGUACGUUCCACAAACAACCUGCUCCGGCUGCACACAUGCGCAGACAGUUUGGCUGCUCUGCAAAUACUCAUCCAAUCCUUGACACCACCCGAUCCCGGAUCCUUACCUAGUAGUAAGACGAAAACGCGUCCGGAUGACGUUAGACCUUCUGAACGGUCGUUAGCAGUGCGCUCGGAUUCCCCAGCCAAUCUGAUGAGCAAAACUCCUUCCCAAUUCGGUUCUCGUUCCUCGUUGCAUUCGAAUAGUCCACAUCAUCUCAAUCCAAGGCCAUCAUUAGAGAAUCACAUCACAAGUGGAUCGGCAAGCAGCGUGGAAGACUUGCUUCAAGGGGCCAUAUCAGAUGUGGACUCGCCCCGUGUAUCUCCCUAUAAGCUAGACGAUACUGCUUCUAAACGCAAGCCAAGAGAACAUCCUGUCAACAUUCCGCUUUCUCGCCCCGGACUGCAUAGAUCUCCAGAACCAAGACCUUGUAGAACGCAGCAGUCGACCAAACCCGUCCCGUCCGGUUUGUAUCCUCGACUGGAUUCCGAAGAGUUCCUACAAACGGACCGUACACCAUCACCGGUUCCACAACCGUCUCCUUCCUCAUCCAAUUCCAGUCCAACGGAAUUCGUUGUUAUCAAACCUUCUAUGAUACCUCCACGCUCGGUGAACCCUCUUGGAGCCAAAGAACAAAUUCGUUGCUUGAUUCCGCGUUCACCGGAAUCUCCGUCUAUAGCUGGCUCCUCACUCGGUCCUCGUGCAUCUUGUGGAUUUGAGGUGCGCGAAGAUCACUAUCCCAUGCCCACAGUACUGUCAGCAGCGGUGGGUGCACGAAAUCGGAUGAAUCGUCUGUUCACCGACCCUCCAUUGGUUUAUCCCCGAGCCACACCGUUCACCGGAGCUGUUGGUGAUCAAUUUCGUUCUAGUCCACAGUUAAGUCAAACCCCUACCCCGGAACACAAACAUCCCAGAUCGAGUAGCGGUGGUAGCUCUGGUUCACUUACAAGUGGCCCUCCCUCCGAUGGGCGACCUCAUUCGGUCAAAGGUGGAAAGGAGGUUGGAAGUGGUGCGGCUAAAAUUGCUGGUCUCCAACCAGGUGUACGUUUCCGUCAUGAUCGUCCUGUUUCAUCCAUGUUAACCCAUACGUCCUCUUCAUCUGGGACAUCUAACACAAGCAACAACCCCAUGACAGCAACAGGCAUGGGAUAUGUCGGCCAGAUCCCUGUACGCACUGCGGACUUUGUAUCGACGAUUUCACCACAGGAACUUUAUAUGCGUGGGGGUCGAAAUCGAGACACGGUCAAAGGUGGAAAGGAGGUUGGAAGUGGUGCGGCUAAAAUUGCUGGUCUCCAACCAGGUGUACGUUUCCGUCAUGAUCGUCCUGUUUCAUCCAUGUUAACCCAUACGUCCUCUUCAUCUGGGACAUCUAACACAAGCAACAACCCCAUGACAGCAACAGGCAUGGGAUAUGUCGGCCAGAUCCCUGUACGCACUGCGGACUUUGUAUCGACGAUUUCACCACAGGAACUUUAUAUGCGUGGGGGUCGAAAUCGAGACAAUUCCAAAAAUACCCUAAUGUUCAUAGAAGAGUUUCAACAACUUUUCAGCAGUUUUUCUACGGUUCCUCCCGAGGUCAAUGAAUCAUCAAGUAACAGCAGCACGAUGCAUUUGGCCUCAGCCUCGUCCACACAUGAUCGCACCCCCUGUCCAAGUUAUUCGGCUACUCCCUCCGACUCGAGCAAACCCGCCGAAGCGGGUCACAGUACGUCCGUUAUCAGCCAACAAAUCCCAUUCACAGUACCAGACGGACCAGAAGAUAUCCAUUUUAUUGAUGGAAGACAAGCCACCGCUGAACGUCCAACUGUUUUCAUCCGGUGCGCAUUCACGAAACAUUUGCUAGGUUUUCAACUUAUCCUUACUUGCGCCUUUUUGUCUCCCCCUACUCGAUGCACUUCGUCUUGGAUAGUGAUGGGCUUGUGGGACCUGGUCUAUCAGCCUGUACAGAGUGUUUAUCAAGGCAAAUGGGACACGGGUCGUUCACGAGACACCCAAGGUGGUCAGUGGCCUGCGACUGAAUGGGAUUUGAGUAUUUGUGAUCUUUCCACUGGAGCCGGUAAUGUUGUGUCCGGAUCAAGUGGUGGGGCUGGAGGAUUUAUUCAAGGACUUCGACGCGGUACUCGAUCGUUUUCCACCAGCACAUUGUGGGCCACUUUGCAACUGAGCAUUCAAAGUGUUCGAACAGUUCAGUCCAUCGCAGAGGAGUGGCACUCAAUUUUGUCAUCGUACUCUUCCGUUGCACUUCAGACCGCUUAUGACUUGGUCACUCCUGGACCAGCACUUCGCAGUCGACAGCUCCGACUACGACAGCCAGCCGAUCUGCGUGAAGGACUUGGUAACGCAAUGAAUGCCAUGACUCGCGGAUUUCAGAUGGUCACCGAGGACUUGUGUGGUGCUACUCGCUUGCAAUCAGAAGUUGAUUUAGGCUAUAAAGGACCAGUAGGCAUGGUUGGAGAUGUGCUGCGCCAAAUUCCACCCACAAUUGUUGCUCCUGUAGUGACUGGAUGUGAGGUUAGUGAAAUCACAUUCUUCUUUUUGCCCGUACCAACGAGUCACAGGUUUUCUCACCUAAUGUUGAUCCAUUCUCGAAGUGAUAACAGGAUAGUAUAUAUGAGUAGUUAUUAA